UUAAGACUUUAAAUGAACAUAAGAAGCAAACAUGGCCUCACGAGGUUCACCUUUGUACAAAGGAUCUGACCUGAUUCACGACUAUAGUUGCUUUACAUGUGAGGAAAAUGACCUGGACAUUGAAGCCCAACACUUCUGUCCACAGUGUGAACACUAUCUAUGUGACAAGUGCGUAAAGAUGCAUGCGGAUUAUUUAAAAAAACAUGUUGUGUAUGGGCGUGGAGAUAUUCAUAAGUGGGCGGGGUUCUCCAUGGAUAGAUGUGCCCAACAUGGAAAAGAGCUGGAGGCACACUGUAAUGACCAUAAUGAACUUUGCUGCAGUAUCUGUGUGACCCUUAACCAUAGGCUGUGUAGAAGCAUCAAUCCACUACCUGACCUGGCAAGAGACUUCCUGAAAACACCAGAGUUCAAGCAGCUGCCAGCAGCGGUGGAAAAAAUGAUGUGCAGACUAAAUGCGCUAAAAAUUGACAGGUUAAAAGACCAAGCUUUUCUGAAGGACUCAUACAAGAACAUAAUUGCUGAAAUCAAGGCUGUCCGCAAAGAAAUAAACCAGAUUUUAGACAAACUGGAGAAAAAGACAGUUGAACAGUUGGAUCGCAUUAUGGAAGAUUUAGAAAAGACUAUUAAAGAUGAUUUAGAAACUUGUGCCCAUAUACAUGACCAACUCAGUACAAUGAUUACGAAAAUCAAGCAGAUUGCUGGUAUAAACAAGGAAAACAGUUCCUACAUUGGUUUCCGAAAAUGCCAGUCUAAAUUGAGUGAAGCCGAGUGUCUAGUGCAGAAAAUACAGGGAAAAGAACAAAUGAUGUUUAAAUCUGAUAAAGAUGUAUUAUCAUUUCUGAGAAAAUUUAACAGCCUUGGAAAUGUGGAUAGUAUUCAUGUAUACAAGGCUCAAAGUUCAAGUCGGUGUGAAGUUAGAAUAAAGAAGGACAAGAAAGAGUGCGAUAUUGUAGGUAUAUGUGAGUUAUCCAGUGGAGAGGUGGUUGUUGCUGAUAAAACCAAUUCAAGAGUAAAGCUUCUGAGCAGUCAGUAUGUGGUCAUUAGUAACUGUAAGAUGCCUUCCCCUCCCCAAAACUUGUGUCAUACCACAGGCAGUGAAGUAGCAGUAGCUGUCGGUGACAUCAAUACUACAGUGGGGAUCCACUUCCUCACAGUGACAAAAAAUAAGCUGCAGGCAGUGAGAAAGUUCACCACAGACCAUAAUUUCUACUCCAUUGCCCACCACCAGGGCCAGCUGUAUGUAUGCUCUCAGAAUGCCCUGUACGUGUACACUUUGGAUGGAAACAUCAUAAAGAAGAUUUGUUUUGAUAAUUUUCCAUCGUGUGUGUGUGUAUCUCCUGAUGGGGAGAGUAUUUAUGUGACUAUUCGAGGUAAAUUAAUAACACUUGAUACAUCUGGUCGUGUGUAUUCUACAGUAGAAGAUCCUGACCUUGGAGAGCUAUCUGGACUAUGUGUUAGCCCCAGUGGCCAUGUGUUUGUGUGUGGGCGGGGGUCCCACACUGUGGUACAGGUGGAUCAGGAGGGGAGAAGAAAGCUGACCACAGUGGUCAGGCAGGCUGAUGGCUUGUGGCUCCCUCAGUCAGUGUGGUUCAGUGAACAAACCUCUACCCUCAUGGUUGGGAAUGAUGGGAAGGACGACAUCACAGUUGUCAAGUUGUGUUAAACUAUCAAUUCG